AGAGAGAGACAGAGAGAUCAAUGACGUCCCCCUUCAUGCAUUGUGGGGUGCUUUGUCAUUUUGAUACGUUCCCUGAAUAUUUCUGUCCCUGUGUUGGUGGUGCUAAAUAUGUGUAUGCGACCAAUAACAUUCGAUUUGACUUGAUGUAUUAUUGGAUAUUGGAGACAUUCUGCGUUGGUAUCCUUCCUCAACAUAGUGUUGGAAUAUAUCCAUUAUAGCCUGAGCCUGUGCUAGCUGAGAGCUUGACCAGUAUCUUUCUUCGGCUGUCAAGGGAGCACUGCAUGCAAACCUGGAAAGACUGCACAGCUGGGGUCCACAGACAGAGAGAAUGAAUUAAGACAGAAUGAAAAGACUCGUGAGUAUUUUGUCUGCACAUAUAGCCUAAGCCUUCUGGUCAUUUGAAGGUGACGCUUUCCCCUCUACACCGAUUAUAGCCCACUCUUGGAUUUCAUUGUGUGAUUUGCAGGGGUGCGAAAAAUAUCCUUAUCUUCAAACAAGGCACUGAAAUGUAGCCUAUAAAAAAAGCACUGCAGCUGCAGGUACCAUAUUUCUCUUUUACCCGGGAAAGGUUUAUUGGAAAGGUUUGACCUGGUCUGGACGCGUUCACUGGAAGAUAACGGGGAUGCCACGGUUACGCGCAGAAGCCGCUCGAGGAAGAGACAGGUGCGGCAGAGGGGAUUGGUAGUUUAAUAGCCGAUUCUCAUCCAGGCAUUGUGAUUACCAAGAUCCAGAGAGAGCUUGGUGCCCUGCUCCACCCUUUGUGUUGAUUUCAGACGUGGAGGAAAACCUGUCUGCGUACGAGAGGACGACUGGCAACAAACCAGACAUCGCCUGCUUACCUGUCCAUCUCGCACAGUGAAUGUGCCCGUGCUGUGCUGCCAUGACAACCAUGGCCCCUCCCCUCACGUUUCUCCUCCUUCUCCUCCGAUUGGCUCACAGUUCUUUCCCAGAGGAGCCCGGUCCGCUCAGCUACGCUCCCUUAGAGGUGGUGAGGAGGUACCCUGUGUUUGUGGGUAGAGCUCAUCAUUCCUCUCAGAGACAGGAGCUGCACAUUCAGACAGUGCUCCAGGUCAACCGUACUCUCUACAUAGGAGCCAGAGAUGAUCUAUACAGAGUGGAGCUGGACAAUAUGUCAGGGGAUGAAAUGUUCUACAGCAAGAAGCGGACGUGGGAAUCCAAUAAGAAUGACAUUCGAGUCUGCAGAAUGAAGGGCAAACAUGAGGAGGAGUGUCGUAACUUCAUCAAGGUGGUGUUGAGUCAACAUGAAGGACUGUUUGUGUGUGGAACCAAUGCCUUCAACCCUUUGUGUGCCAACUACACUGGAGACUCUUUGGAGAUGGUGGGAGAGACGGUCAGUGGGAUGGCUCGUUGCCCGUAUGACCCCAGACACGCCAACGUGGCUCUGUUCGCAGAGGGCAGUCUCUUCACUGGUACUGUAACAGACUUCCUGGCGAUUGAUGCUGUGAUCUAUCGUAGCCUAGGCGACAGCCCCGCUCUUCGCACUGUCAAACACGACUCCAAAUGGUUCAGAGAACCCUUCUUUGUGAGUGCAGUUGAGUGGGGGCCUCACGUCUACUUCUUCUUCAGAGAAAUGGCCAUGGAGUUCCAUCACCUAGAGAAGGUGAUGGUAUCUCGUGUGGCGCGGGUGUGUAAGGGGGACAUGGGGGGCUCUCAGAGGGUGUUGGAGAAACAGUGGACAUCGUUCCUGAAGGCCAGACUGAACUGUUCUGUCCCAGGAGACUCCCACUUCUAUUUCAACCUGCUCCACGCCACCAGCGCCAUACUCAACAUGAACGGCAGAGACGUCAUACUGGGACUGUUCUCGACACCACCCAACAGUAUCCCGGGGUCUGCAGUGUGUGUGUUUGACAUGCAGCAGUUGGCCAGGGUGUUUGAGGGAAGAUUCAAGGAGCAGAAAUCUCCAGAAUCCAUCUGGACACCCGUGCCUGAUGAGCUUGUGCCCAAACCCAGGCCGGGUGGCUGUGCGGUGCAGGGGUCUCCGUUCAGCUCAUCUAAGUCUCUGCCAGAUGAAGUGCUGAACUUUGUAAAGACUCAUCCCUUGAUGGACGAGACCAUACCCUUGGUUGGGCACAGACCUUGGGUUGUCAAGACUAUGGGCAGGUACCAGUUGACCGCAAUGGUGGUGGACACAGAGGCUGGUCCCCAUAGGAACCAUACAGUGUUGUUCCUGGGCUCCACACGAGGGACCGUCCUGAAAUUCCUCAUCCUCCCCAGCGGAGAAAAAUCUCCCACACACAGCAGUGUGUUUCUGGAGGAGGUGGAGGGAUUCAACCCUGAGAAAUGUGGAGAGGACUCUGUCCAGGCCAGACAGUUGUUGUUUCUGUCUCUGGAUCGUCCAAGUCACACUCUGCUGCUGGCCUUCACUUCCUGUCUGGUCAGACUGCCCACAGCACGCUGCCACCUACACUCACGCUGCAUGAAGAGCUGUCUGACCUCCAGAGAUCCCUACUGUGGCUGGACCAGAGGCAGCACCUGCUCCUUCCUCAGACCAGGCACACGGCUUCCUUUUCAACAAGACAGUGAGUACGGCAACUUCUCCCAUCUUGGAGACUGUGAUGGUGCCAUACAGCAGAGUCUGCUGAUCGAGCCGGAGAGCCUGGUCUCCCUCAACCUGCUGGUGGCAUCUGCAGUCUCAGCCUUCACCAUCGGUGCGGCGCUCUCGGGCCUGGCUGUCUGCUGGAUUAUGGCCCACAAGCCUGGCAACCGUCGCCACGGCAACAAUACCCCCCAGUCCACUAUCCAGCGCCAGGAGAGGGGGAUGUUGACGUCAGGAGGAGGGAUGGGGGGAUCGGUCCUCAGUGUGACCCGUCAGGGAGGAGGCGAUAGACCCUGCUCUCAGGGCGGGGAGACCCUGUUUGUGAUGCCCAAUGGCUGGGGGAAGUCAGGGGAGCUGGACCCAGGGUUCCUGCCUACUCCGGAGCACACGCCCCAGCAGAAAAGACGCGGGCUCAGGUUGUCUGAUUCUGGAUCAGGGGGGUGGGAUAACAGCCAGACCUACCUGGGAGGGAGUACCAUGGGGCUGGCGUCUCCCUGCCCUCUCCCUUGCCCCCCACACCCCUCCACCGCUGUCUACCUGACCACUAGACUAUUUCAGGGGGGAGGAGGAGGGAGGCACGGGGGUGAGGAGCGAGGAAGAGGAGGGGAGACUCCUCGCCAGCACUACGUGUGCCUGAGCAAGCCCCGGGGGGAGAAGGGCAGAAGUGGGACACCAAAGUCGGCGCUUCGUAAGUCGGCAGGGGAGUACGUGUACCCCAUGACCCCCCAGGAUUCUCCGGAUAGGAGGAGGGUGGUGUCAGCUCCCAGCGCCCCUAUGGAGUUUGGGGAGCCCCUGCCACUCCGCUGGCCUCCCCAGGAAGGCUACAUCCUCAGCAGCCAGUGCAUGGUCCCUGUACCUCCAUCCUCCAUGCCCACCAUCAAAGGCCAGCAGUACGUGGCCCAGCACCACACACCCGGGCCUGGCAGGUCUCAGCUGAGAGGGGCCUUGGGGAGAGGAGAGCUGGGGGAGCUGGUGGAUCUCAGCCAGCUGCUGAGUAAGAAGAGUUCCAAUGAGAGGACUCACAACGGGCAGUGAUCAAGCAGGGAAACCAUGUCUCUUUCUAUAUCGUUCUCUUUCUGUCUGUUCUACCUUUUCUCUCACUUUCUCUUUCUCUCUGACCUCUUUCUCUGUCAUUGUCAUUUAGUCCUCCGGAUAGCUCUGUAUCUCGCUGGCGGACUCCUGAGGCUGUUCUCGCUGGCAGACUCCUGAGGCUGUUCUCUCUGUGACUGGUUGAUGCUGCUAUCACUCAUACCCUGCUUGGCUGUGAUUGGUCAGUGAAAGUGAGGUUGUUGCUGUGUCUGCAUUGCAGAGCUGCCUCUCCCCUCUGGCUGCUUAGAGAGGGGAGAGAGGAGGAGAGAGAGAGGAAUUGAAAGAGGUGAGAAAGAGGGAUGGAGAUGGAAAGAGAAAAGGGAAGGAAGAGUUUGCUAGACAGCAGAAUUCUUCCAAAAGAACACAUUAAGAGAGAACCAUAAAUAGGAAGGAACAUGCAAAGAGACCCAGAGACAGACACUUCCCUGUGCAGCAAACAGGGCAACAAAGACUGACCGAACAACAUGGCCACAGAGCCCACUGUCAGGUGUCAGAAGACGAGACCCAGUGGACAUCACUCCUACACAGUGUACUUUGUCCACCUUCCAGUGCAGACUGAUUGGCACUCUCUGACAAUAAGACAAUGGAGGACACUGAAACAUGAAUUGUAAACACAUUACUUUGAAGCAUCUUGCUGCAGGUGAAUGAAGCAGACACCCCCCUGGGCUCACACGUCAGUUCAACGUCUACUUUUGAUUUACACUUGAUUUACAACUCAACCAAAACUGUGAUUUGGUUCAUAAUAACGUGAAUUUAAUGUGAAAUCAACGAGAAAAUGUCACCAGGUCAUUGGAUAUAGGUGAACAGUUGGGUGAAAACAAGACCAAAUGCCCCUAUGUUGAUUCAAUGUCAUCACAUAGAUUUCUGGGGUUGAAAUGACGUGGAAACAAUGUUGAUUCAAACAGUUUUUGCAGAGUGGGACUGUUCUCUCUCAGUGACACUGAGGUCAUUCUGACUCUGACUCUGAAUGUCACGAGAAUAUCUGAUGAAGAGUGUCGAAAGGAAGCGGCAAUGAAGAUUUAAUAGCCUGCCCUCCAGCUGCCUCCCCAACACACACACACACACACACACACACAUUUACAGGUCAGUUUUAAUA